GGUUGGAAGUGAACAGCAUGUGUGUGUGUGACAGACAGAGAGAGAGGGACAGAGACAGAGAGAGGUUAGGGGAAAAGGCUAGUGUGCUUCAACUUCCAGAACAGCUUUUCUGUUCUCCAAUCACUGCCUUUUUUCACCUCCUUUCCCUCCUCCCUCUCCGUGUCUCUUUCUUUUUGCCUUUCGGUGUCUGUUUGGCUUCAGUGGGUCUUUGCCAUCGCACUACAAUGACUGCUGUAGCUGUAGUCUCCCUGCAGUGAGCAUUCAGAGGUUAUGCUGCCCGAAAGUUCCCAGUUGAGUCUGAGUGAAAAAGAAAAGGGCUAAAGUCAGCGCACUUUACAGCACCACCCACAAACCUGACCAUCAGCAAUGAGUGACCCUCAGGAUGCCAGUGACGUCACUACUGCCGCAGGCUUGACGAGGCAUUUGCCUGUUGUAGUGCAUUCUCUGCCCCAGCAAUGUGAUGAUGAUGAUGAAGGGGACUUGAACAAGACACUGGGGGUGCAGCGCUUCCAGCAGAUCCUUACACCUCCCCAGCGCGUGCCCAUCGAACAACACCGCACCUUUAAUGAGGAGGACUUUGAGUUUCACCGUCACACGUCUCUACACAUUCACCACCCUCUGUCUAAACACCUCCCAGAGGGCCGGAGGAAAAAGCCCGGAAGAAAGCGGAAGGACUCUGGAAGGAGGAGGAGUUCAUCUAUGGGAGCAGCUCCCCCGAUAGAUGAGGAUGACGAGGAUGAAGAGAUGGACGAAGAUUCCUGUAGCCAGCAGGAUAAAGAGGGCAAUGUCACCACCACACCCACACCGGAAACAGACACAGAGGUGGAUGCUGAGCAGGCACAGUUUUUUGUAUCUGAAGAUGAUCCUGACUCCAGUGUAAAGAAGAAUGGUAAAGCCUUACCACAUCGAAAGCUGCCAAUCAUACCCCAUUCGACGCUUCACACCAGUAUCAGCAUCCCAGAAGAUGUUACAGUAGCCACGGGGAGAAAUUGGGUUCGUAAUCUGCCCAAUGGCAGACGAGUUUCUGCACCAUGUUUGUUUCCAAGUUUGAGUUCGCCAGACGGCAGCUUUAAGACCAGCCGCAGCUAUGAUCUGCAGGAGCGCCGCCGGACGGGCAACAUGACGGGCACUGCACUAGAACACUACCAAUACAUGCCCACUGAUGAGAGCGAAGCACAGACGCUUGCCACGGUUGACCUGGAUGGCAUUAAAAGUCACAGGUUUGAAGAUGUCCCUGGUGUGCGGCGGCACCUGGUUAAGAAGAGCGCCAAAGGUCAGGUGGUUCACAUCGGCAAGGACCACAAAGAGCCCAGCAGUCGUAUCCGGACCAAGUUGGAUCGAACCCCACAUGAGAGGAGAUCAUGGCCCUGUUACAUGGACCACAGGGUUCGUCAUGCCCAACAGCUGAAGGUGUUUGUUGAGCUGAAUGAGCUGCUGAUGGAUAAAAACCAGGAGAUGCACUGGAAGGAAACAGCUCGUUGGAUAAAGUUUGAGGAGGAUGUGGAGGAAGAGACAGAGCGCUGGGGCAAACCUCAUGUAGCUUCACUCUCAUUCCGCAGCCUGCUGGAGCUCCGCAAGACCAUUUCACAUGGCGCAGUGUUGUUGGAUCUGGACCAGAAGACGCUGCCUGGUAUUGCUCAUCAGGUUGUGGAGCAGAUGAUUAUCUCAGAUCAGAUCAAAGCACAGGACAGAGCCAAUGUGCUCCGAGCACUGCUCCUCAAACACAGUCAUCCGAGCGAUGGAAAGGAGCAUAGUUUGUUCAACCGGAACAUCUCAGCAACCAGCCUUGGCUCUCUUAUAUCUCAUUACCAUAGCAGUAACCAUAUCGCCGCACCGGAGCCCCCUGCCACAGACCCGCUCAUCGGAGGACUACGUAACUUCGAGUCACGCAUUAGUGUAAACUCAGAAAAGAAUGAGAAAGACACGCCUCAGUUUUUUGGUUUGCACAAGACCAAAUCUAAACAUGAGCUGAAGCUGCUUGAGAAGAUUCCAGAGGAUGCAGAAGCAACCGUUGUCCUUGUGGGUAGUGUGGAUUUCCUGGACCAGCCCACCAUGGCCUUUGUGAGACUGCAGGAAGCAGUUCUGUUAGAGUCAGUUCUAGAAGUGCCGAUUCCAGUGCGGUUUCUUUUCGUGCUGCUCGGCCCACCCAAUGCCAACAUGGACUACCACCAAAUCGGCCGUUCCAUAUCAACACUUAUGUCUGAUAAACACUUUCAUGAAGCGGCAUAUUUGGCAGAUGAGCGGCAGGACUUGCUUACAGCCAUCAACAGCUUCCUAGACUGCAGUAUUGUGCUUCCUCCAUCUGAGGUUGGAGGAGAUGAGCUGCUGCAUUCUAUCGCUCGCUUCCAGAGAGAGAUGCUGCACAAGAGACAUGAGCAAGAGGUCAAACUACAGGCCAAGGAACCCAAGAGCCCCGAGGACAUGGCUCUCCAUCCUCCUCUAAAACCUGAAGACGAUCCUCUUCAAAGGACGGGUCGGCUUUUCGGCGGGGUUAUCCGAGAUGCACAGCGCCGCUACCCCAAAUACAUCAGUGAUUUUAAAGAUGCACUAAGUCCUCAGUGUAUGGCUACAGUCAUAUUCAUUUACUUUGCUGCCCUUUCUCCUGCCAUCACCUUUGGAGGACUAUUGGGUGAAAAGACUGAUGGUUUGAUAGGUGUGUCAGAGCUGAUUAUUGCCACUGCCAUGCAGGGAAUGUUGUUCUGCCUGCUUGGGGCUCAACCUCUGCUGGUGGUGGGCUUCUCUGGACCCCUUCUAGUGUUUGAAGAGUCCUUUUAUUCAUUCUGUAGGUCCAAUGAAAUCGAGUAUCUGACAGGACGUGCGUGGAUUGGAAUCUGGUUGGUUAUCAUUGUAGUUCUCACGGUGGCCUUUGAAGGGAGCUUCCUGGUGCGAUUUGUGUCACGCUUCACCCAAGAGAUCUUCUCCUUCCUUAUCUCGCUCAUCUUCAUCUAUGAGACCUUCUUCAAGCUGGGCAAAAUCUUCAUGGAUCAUCCUCUCAGAAGCUGCUAUGGGCGAGAAGAAAAUGACACUGUUUUACCAACACCCACAAGUGACGGCAGGCCUCCAGAUGCCACUCAAACCCUAAACCAGCCAAACACAGCUCUCCUCUCCCUGGUGCUCACUGCCGGCACCUUCUUCAUUGCCUUCUAUCUGCGUAAAUUCAAGAACAGCCCCUUUUUCCCUGGCAGGCUCCGAAGGGCUAUUGGAGAUUUUGGAGUUCCUAUUGCUAUCUCCACCAUGGUUCUGUUGGACUACAGCAUUAAGGACACUUACACACAGAAACUAAGUGUGCCUGAUGGCUUCUCUGUGACCAGCCCGGACAAGCGUGGUUGGCUAAUACACCCGCUGGGCUCUGAUGGCCAGUUCCCCAUUUGGAUGAUGGUUGCCAGCAUUCUACCUGCCCUGCUCGUCUACAUCCUCAUAUUCAUGGAGACCCAGAUCACCACUCUUAUUGUGAGCAAGAAGGACAGGAUGCUGGUUAAAGGUUCAGGGUUUCACUUGGACCUGUUGAUCAUCGUGGUCGCGGGUGGAGUUUCAGCACUGUUUGGGCUGCCAUGGCUGACCGGUGCUACUGUUCGUUCUGUAACUCAUGCAAAUAGUCUCACUGUGAUGAGCAAAGCCGUUGCACCUGGUGACAAACCACGCAUUCAGGAAGUAAAAGAGCAGAGAGUAACAGGAUUUCUGGUGGCUUUUCUAGUAGGUCUCUCCAUUGUGAUUGGAGAUGUUUUGCGGCAGGUUCCUAUCGCAGUGUUGUUUGGUAUAUUCCUCUAUAUGGGAGUGAUGUCCCUCAACGGGGUCCAGCUAACAGAACGCAUUAUGCUGCUAUUUAUGCCUCCGAAGUACCAUCCUGACCACACCUACGUCCGGAAGGUGCGUACUCUACGCAUGCACCUGUUCACAUGUUUGCAGCUAGUGUGCCUGGCUGUGCUGUGGGUUGUAAUGUCAACCUCGGCCUCAUUAGCCUUCCCGUUUGUUCUUGUCCUCACCGUGCCAUUCAGAAGGUUCCUGCUGUCCCGAAUAUUCACUCACCGUGAGAUACAAUGUCUUGACGCAGAUGAUGCAGAGCCGUCAUUUGAUGACAAAGAAGGUCAAGAUGAAUAUACAGAGAUGCAAAUGCCAGUAUGACCUCAUUCCUCUCCUGUCACCACCUGGGCUGGCCUGAUUUAUUUUUUAUUAUUUUUUAGUCAGAGACGCACAGAUCUACUGCCUGUCUUUUUUUGUUUUUGCUUUAAUUAUGUAAACGUUAUAUUUAUACAUAUGUAAAGUGUUAAGUAGUUGCUCAAUGACACUUGAGCAACUAUGUAUCUGUUGCGUGAAGAAAGCUUUGUCACCUGUGCUAUUAAUAUUUUUUGUUUAUUUAUCAGAGUUGGAAUGUUACUGCGCUGUGUGUGUGUUGUAGAGGGUUAAAUGAAUUUAUGAUAUCCAGUCAGCUCAAAAUGAUACAGGAAGCACUUUAAGGGAAAUUUAAAAUGAAGCCUUUUCUACUGCUUAUCAGUAUGUUUUAUUUCAUUGCAAGGUGACAUACUGUGUACUCCUAAAAAUGAAAAACUGUACAUAAUAACAAUAAUGUCAAUUAUAUAUGGUCGAUAUUUUUGUAGCUAAACAGAAAUUCUACACACAUUGCCUGUAGCAACAGUUAAAAAUAUACGUUGUUCUUUUUUUUCCAACUAUAAAUUGUUGCAUAGCUAUUUUGAAAUUAUUUUUCUCACCAGAGCACCAAAGAGGCUCGUGUGUUUAUAUGUUAUAACACAUAACACUAAUCGUAUAAGUAGUCUUAAUAGUUACAAUAAUGCUGAAGAAAAUAAAAGAGAGAAAGCUAAUUUUAAAAAUGUUAAAAAGAAAUGUUUUAUGGAGUUCGAAAGGUGAAGUUUUACACUCAAUCUCUGUUAUGAUGAAUAAUGUUAUGAUUAAAAUAUCACCGACCACACUUGUGAAAUGGUUUGAUCGUUCAGUGCACUACUGUUUAUUUUUAUUAGCAAGCUUCAUAGGCUAAUAUUUGUCUUUGAGGUACAGAGCUAGAAUCUGAAUAAUGUGAAAGCAAGAAAUAUCAAACAAGUGUAGAUUUGGUACAAUGCUGUAAUCCAUUUUCUUAAAUGUGUGUCAUGUACAUUCCAAUUGAGAAGAUCUUGCAAAUAAUUAUUUUUAUAAAGAAGGGACUACAUCUAAGAUGUUAAUGAAUUUGUUUUGUGCUUAAUGUCAACAUGUAUUUUCCCCUGCAAAUUCUGAGAGUUUAUUUUACUGUUUUCAUGAUCUCACAUUUUGUGGUAGUGCCUUUUUUCAUUUGAUAGUUCCUUUCAGAUAAUGUUUUUUGCACAAGGUUGGAAAAAGUGACCUUAGCAAGUUGAGAAUAGCAAGUGUGAAUGAAAAAGAGCUGUUUGGCAAUAGAUUUUUGUGAUUAUUAAUAUAUUACUGUAGAAUGUAAAUGAUGUGGGCAUAUUUCUUUGGUUUAGCUUUAGAAAUGUUUGGAGUACAGGCCCAAACCUAAUAAAAUAAUAGAGCUGAUUUUACAUUAAAUGGUUUGUAUAUGAUUUAUUAAAUCAUGAAUAUUAAACUGAUAGUUCCGGUCCUUGAUUCUGAUUGGUUGAGCUGCAUUCAAAGCUGUUGUAAAUUACUCUACAAACAUACACCUUUGUUUACUUCUUGUGUACAGCUGUUUCUGGGCAACUACAUUUGUUUGGUGGAAGAAUACUCUUUUUAUUAAUACACUUUAUUGCUCUGUUUUAUUUUGUGAAACCUUACUAUGUAUGUGGAAUAACCAUUUUAAAAAAGCAAUAAACCUUGUGUA